CCGAGGAAACCUGGAGGUUCGGGGGAAUUAUUAACCAUUACCUUACCAUCGUAAUAUUGGCAUUUAUAAUCCUUUGACACGCUUACACGCCACUUCACAGCCAUCCAUGCCGCCUCAGUUCAUCUUUGCCGACACGCCCUGGCUGGGAGCCAAGCAUGACGGCUACGAGGCUACUUCUCUGCUGGAGUAUCCGAAACUAAGGUCCACGGACAAUUCAGUUCAAUCUCGGGCUGCCCUUCUGCAGGCGCAGCUGACGUUCGGCCUGCUGGAGGCAGUAACUGAAGUCCAAGUUGAUGAGUCGUGUCUUCUGCGCACUGUCGAGAGUGAUGAUGAACCGGGGAGCUCUCGCCAGAUGAUCCACAGUACUCGCCUUCCUCAGAUUCUGUCCCACUGGCGAUGCCGUAUUCAACGUCUAGGGGACAGCGAUUUAGCCCACCAGUGGGCCGGUCGGAUUUAUACAGCGUUCAGACAAGCGCGGACCAUCCUUGAAUUCGAAGUGGCGGAACACAACUUGCUUGGAGCUGUGGGAUUGACAGCAUUGGACCAUGCGCAGGUGCUGUUGCAAAUCGGGUCCCUGGCCGAGAUUCUAGUCUCGUCAACUUAUGUAUUUUCCCCCAAGAUUCCGCGCCAGGGCUUCGAGUGGACGAUUGUGUUAGCCCCGAUGUUGGUCAUUCGAAAGACCAUGCUUUCCAAGGGCUGGUGUCCGCAGAAUAUCUCGAUUCUCUCGGAGACUGUCAAAAUGUUUGCAUACGCCAGCGUCAGCGGCCCAGUCAUUCGGAGAUCUUCCUCUGACCAUGCCUCGUGCACUGUCCAGGGCUGCAUACGCAACAAUAUUCCGGACACGGAAAAUUACAAGGCAAGGCAUGUCGAGGCAACAUGCAGAUGUGAGAACGUUGCGGUGGACAAAGUGGUUGAUUUACUAGGUGCUGGAAAAAUCCCAGUCAUCAAAAGGAACCCGUCAGCAUUGGGAGAGCUGCAUGCAGUGGACUCUACGGAAACAAAAUACGUUGCCAUCUCUCAUGUGUGGGCCGAUGGCCUGGGAAGCACUGCUGAAAAAGGCAUACCUUCAUGUCAGGUUGACGCACUCAUCGCGAAGACGGGACAGAUCGAGCCAAACGGGGCCUUCUGGCUGGAUUCGCUCUGUGUACCCAACGAAAGGGCGAUGAGGAAAAAGGCCAUAGGCCUGAUGGCCCAGACGUAUCGGAAUGCCGCCGUCGUCUUGGUCCUUGAUUCGACUAUUCGAUCCACCUCCGUGACAGCAGCCCGGGAGCUGAAGCUCCUGCGAACCCUAUCGUCAGGCUGGAUGCAGCGCCUCUGGACACUCCAGGAGGCAGUCCUUGCCGGAAACGUGGUGUUUGCCUUUGCCGAUGGCCUCGUCCCGCUGUCAGAACUCAUUCCCACCGGGCAAGAAUUGUUCAACGGUGUCGCAUCCGAUCUUGCCAGUGAAUUAUUUCGGCUCCAGAAAUACAGGACCCGCGCGAUGAAUCUGAGCGAUCUUUCCACCGCCCUUCGUUGGAGGAUGACAAGUAAGCCCCAUGAUGAGCUACUCGCCGUAUCAGGGCUACUGAACGUCGAUGCGGGUGGCUUAGGAAGUCUAUCUGCGCCAAAACGAAUGCCGUCGUUCUUGCUGCAGCUCAGAGAGCUUCCAAAGGAUAUCAUUUUCCUCUCGGGCCCCAAAUCGGAACAACCCAAGUUCCAAUGGGCACCAGCCACCUUCAUGCGCGCCGUCGAGUCGCGCCUCAACUUCGGCUCGGGCACGGCGACUUGCACAGACACUGGUUUGUUGGCCGAAUAUAAAGCCUUCUAUUUCUCCGACAGCGUCAUCAAUGAAGGGCACCCUUUCAUUAUCCAGGGCCCAGCCGACCACGAAACCUAUAGAGCCAUGGAUGCUCCCUCACGGAAGGAUCCCAGUCAUACCGCCGUCCCGGUUAGCUACCGAUGUAAUGCCAUUCUGUUGCCGGAUCUCCGGGUAGCGAACGGAGUUACCCCCUGUGUAGCGAUAUGGGGAGAUCCUGCCGCAUCAUCCAGCAGUGAGAGAGAGGAAAAUAGAAUUGCCUGUGAAUUCCGGAAACGGAUCCUCCUCCAGUACAUUACCCCAGCCGAUCUCGAACGCGAGAAGAUAACAGCCAGGGUUGUGCCUGCGAGAAGCGGGCGCAUGCGGGUUCGCCUUUUUUAACAUAUGACUAUUUGGGAAUAUGCCAAUGUCCUCCCCUUGUGGGCGUUGAACACCCCCUGGCUCAUUUGACCACUUCGCAACCUAUAUAUCUCCUUUAUUAGGUGUAUUACACCCUUUCACACUAUUCGCAACAGCCCCACAGGCCAAGGACCUU